GAAUGGCGGGGGGGGGCAUGUUGCUAUGGUAACGCGGCGAGGCCGAGGCCAUGGGGGAGCCGCAGGACUGGCGAGGCCCCGAGAACACGUACAGCCUGCGGCCGGCCUUCCAGCACAAAUUUCGAUCUUCUGCAGUAAAAGAGUGCAUCCAUGUGAUACUCAAAGAGAAUCUAGCCAAUGUGCAAUACAACCCAGAGGAAACGCCAGAGCUCACACGGUCCUUAUCAGAGACAAUUAAAGAUAGACUGAAAGCGGAGGGAUUUCACCGAUAUAAAAUGGUGGUGCAGGUUGUGAUUGGAGAACAGAGGGGUGAAGGAGUGAACAUGGCUGCACGAUGUUUCUGGGAUGCUGACACUGACAACUAUGCACAGGAUGUUUUUAUGAAUGACAGUCUGUUCUGCGUGGUAGCAGCAUUUGGCUGUUUCUACUACUGAUGCCAGUGAAGACCGCAGAAAGGAACUACAGUAAUUGUAGAGAGGAUUUUUAGUUUGUUUGGUUUUCUUCAACAAUUUGUACUCAUGUUUUCUCAAAGUAGCAGACUUACAAUUGUACAAAGCAUGCUCACUGUAUCUGUAUAAUACACUGAUGUGUCCACAACGUCCUCUUCUUUCCUGCUUGUAUAAAUAUAGCUUUGUAGCAUAUUGUUUUUCUUUUGUCCUUUUAAUCAUCCUUCCUGCUUUGUGCAAAAUGGAUUUAUUAACUCCUAGAAGCCAGAUACAGUGCCUUAAAAGGACUAGAUUGCUUUUAUUAGUAGUGACUUGUUUCCAUAAUGUAAUAAAUAUUUAUAAGCAAUGUAAUAUAAUAAAUACAAAUAUAUAUAUAUAUUAUACCUUUC